AUGCAUCUCAAAACCAUCAUCGUCGCGGCCGUUCUGGCUUCGGUAGAAACGUUGGCGAUGCCAUCUGACGCCGAUCAGAUGGCAAAGCGCCAGUUCGCACAAGCCGCAAUGAUGCGCUUCGAAUGUUCAAAGCUUGUCAUCGAGCGUAUUGAUCCUUUAGUACAGCCAGGAAUCACACCGUCUGCUCAUGUCCACCAGAUAGCUGGCGGAAACUCUUUCGAUGCGACUAUGACACCUGUGACUUUCGAUCCAGCUAAGGCCUCGACAUGCACGAGCUGUACUUUCUCAGAGGAUUUUUCGAAUUACUGGACGGCGAGUUUGUAUUUCAAGGCGCGCAAUGGAACAUAUAAGCGAGUUCCUCAAAUGACGAAUUUGGGCUUGAGAGGGAAGAAUGGGGGCUUGACUGUCUAUUAUAUUCCUCCGUAUGAUGGAAAGACGAAAGUUACUGCUUUUAAACCGGGUUUCCGCAUGGUGGUUGGAGAUCCUAUGCUUCGGUCUUCCAAAGGACAGCAAAAGCAGCUUUGCCAUAGAUGCUAUAGCAAUAUCGAACAGGAUCCAUUUGGCGGAGCUCCCUGUACUGGCAAUGAUACAGCUUCUCUUCCAACGCAGAUGUGUGGUGGCGGAAUUCGAGCAACCAUUACCUUCCCAACAUGUUGGGAUGGGAAGAAUCUUGACAGUCCAGACCACCGGUCCCAUAUAUCUUAUCCGAGCAGUGGUUCUUUUGAGUCUACUGGCCCAUGUCCCGCAGCAUUUCCCAUCAGAUUACCGCAAGUAAUGUACGAAAUCAUGUGGGACACACGGGAAUUCAAUGACAAGGAACUGUGGCCAGUUGAUGGAUCAAAUCCAUUUGUGUAUAGUAUGGGCGAUACGACUGGCUAUGGCUGGCACGGCGAUUACCUUUUUGGUUGGAAGGACGACUUGUUGCAAAAGGCCUUGGAUGCAAGAUGUACGGGUGAUACAUGCAAAGUGCUUGCAACCCAGAGUGCAGAGGCUGCGAAUCUGUGUAUGAAGGAACAGCAAGUGCAAGAGGAUACUGAAGGAUGUGAGUCACCCCCAGCUAUUUGCCCGAAUAACCAAGUUUUGCUUAUCUAA